UGUGCAGAGUUUAGAAGUAGAAGGUGGCGUGCUCAUAGGGAUUCAAAAGCCAUUCAAUUAGCAACAUGUGUGUUAAUCAAUGUGAAGCUCAUUUCAGGGGACAGUGGAUAGUAUGCCCCCAAGCACUUUCCUGCAGGACCUGCCUGGUUCCUAAGGAGAAGGGACAUGGCCCGGGGCAGUGUGAGCUCAGCUCCUCAGGUAUGUGAGCUGUAACCCCUGUGGGCUUGGGCUCCUGUACAAAUAGCAGACCCUGCCCUGCACCACCCCUGAGACAGCUGCAACCUGCACCUCGCCUGGCUUCGGGGAUUGCGCUGGAUCUGCAGACGCAGGACUGGUGCCCGCCCAGCUGAGCCAUGUGGACCCGCACUCUCACCCUGCUCUCCGUCCUCCUGCUGGCUGCUCAGGGACUCCUGACAGAGGCCCAAAGUGGAGAACAGGAUGACGUGAAUUUGGAGGCGGAGCAGGAUGGGUGGGUUCCUCUGGAGAAGCCUGUGAUAGUGUCCACAAGCCCGCCAACCCAGGUCAUUGUCACUGGCAGCUUUGUCAGCAGAGACCAGGCCAAAUGCAAUGUGACCGUGACCAGGCAGGAGGAAGGAGUCCAUCUGCAGGCCCAUUGUGUUCGACUGCACCACGAGUUCUCCUGUGUCUUUGCAGGCAACCCCACAGCGUGCCUGCACUGCCUGAACAACGACAAGGUCUACUGGAGACAAAUUGGCUGGCGCCUGCGCCAUUUGAACCGCAUCUGUGAGGACUCCAAGGCCAUCUUGAAUACCAGGGUGUGUGGUACCAAGUAUCCAGAGUCCAGUCUCACGCUGCUGAGCUCCACUUUGGCUUCCAAGACGUCUGUGCAGGGACUGAAGCCCACCCCCACGGUGUCAGUCAAGGAGAAGAAGCCAUCCCAGACAGAGCCAUCCAAAGACACACAUUAAGAGUUCUCCAUGGAGGCAAUGCAGAGCAAAAGGCCCGCCCCCACCACAAGUCAAAACAAGAUGAGCCACGCCCACCAAUCCAAGUAAGCAUCCCAGAAGACAAGUCAGCACGAGGGCCAGCAGGAACAGCAGCACCAGACACAGCCACCCCAACAGGAGGAUGAGCACUGGUUCCAGCAGAAGUUCCAGUAGAUGACCCGGGAGUGACUGGCCUCCCGCAGCUUGUGCUGCAGCGUCGCCCUCGGCCCCAGUCUUCCUCCUGGGGGAGAAGAGCAGGUGCUUCUGGCAGGUGGUGUCUUAGGCUCCUCUGUGUGUGUGCAGCUCCCAGGUUCCCAUCAGGCAGGGACGUCUGUGCUAGGAGAGUGCAGGGCGGUGUUGGGACAGAGUCUGUGUCCUGCCCUUUGCUGAUGCUCACUUCCUGAGGUGUGGUUGGCAGAGGCUGUGACCUGGGCCCUGGUCCCUGGGCCCCCCGUGCUGUCUCUGAGCUGAAGGAGUCAGCCUGGUGAUUUCAGGGAGACACCUGCACUUCCUGCUGAAUUCACAAGCAUAAUAAACUCAGGUGCUGUUUCAAAAU